CGCUUCUUCAACAACAUCUAGUCAGCCACCUCGGUAGCUUCCUAGCGGGACGUUCAAGCUGUUCAGACUGCUUCGGUCUAUAUUUACUUCUGUAUUUGGAACAUAAUUCUGUCUUUUAACUAGUUUCCCCAUUUCAUGUCAUAUUUCUGUUUAGUCAGGUAACGGUAGCUGGCUUGAUAAAUGAACCUAUCACUAGGCUAGUCGCUAACUAGCUAGGUUAGCUGGCUAACAUCCCCGACCAUGAGCUCAGCAAGCUACUGCCCUCCUGCUAAAAAAGAGGUCUGCUGGAAGGAGAAAGAAGGUAUUUGGCUGAACGUUGUCGUGAAAGAGGAGACUGAAGAGGAGGAUGUCACAGUAAACGAAGAAGUAGAGGGUGAGGCUGUUACACAGAAAGAAGAGGAAGAAAACGAUUAUACUUUUUUUGGAGUGAAUGAAGGAGAGAUAACUGUCAUAUUGAAGGAGGAGGAGAGGGAAGAAGAGAAGGAGACAGAAGAUCUGAGUAACACCAGAGAGAGACCAGACUCUCCUUCUGACAGCAGGAAGAGUCCUUCAGGGAAACCAGACCCCGAGACGUCCAAACCAGCAGGACGACAUCACUGCUCCCAGUGUGGAAAGAGUUUUACUCAGUUAGGGAGCCUGAGAACACAUAAGAGAAUACACACUGGAGAGAAGCCUUACCACUGUUCCCAAUGUGGAAUGUCGUUUACCCAGUUAGGGAGCCUGCAAACGCAUGAGAGGGGACACACAGGGGAAAAGCUUUUCCAAUGUUCCCAUUGUGGAAAGAGUUUUGGCCAGGUAGGAAACCUGAACAAGCAUGAGAGGACACACACAGGUAAGAAGAUGUACCGCUGCUCCCAGUGUGGAGAGAGAUUUACCCGGUUAAGGUACCUGAAAGAGCAUGAAAGAAUACAUACAAAUACACAGGAGGAGAAGACAUACCACUGCUCUCACUGUGGAAAGACAUUUUCCCAGUCAGAGAACCUGAAAACACAUGAGAGAAUCGAGAGGCUGUGUUCUGACUUGUGUUUUUGACUGAGAAUGUGUGUGUUUGUUUGGGCUGUCAGACUUGAGUCCACUUCGUAUAAUGUUAGUGCACUAUUUUUAAUUGUGAUUAAUCCAUUGUCUCAAAGGGUUGAAAACACACUGAAAACAUCCAGAAUACAUCCUAUAUACAGCUAAAAUCUACAAUGCCAUGUAAACUCAAGAUGACAUUGAGGUUAAAUAAAGUGUGAUUUAUCAAUGGAACAUAUUUUGACACGUCCACUGUGUGUCUCUGUAGAGUCAUAAUAUCCAUAACAACUAGAGGUCAAACAGGGAGAUGGUUCCAUUCAUUUUCCCCACAGGGCUGUGUUUUGUUUAGACUCACCCUGGUG